GCGUGACUGCGCGCGGGAGCGCAGCUUUGACUGUCACGUGACACGUCGUGUGACUACAGGAAGCCGGAAAAACAACCGUGUGCAGGAAAAUGUUCAUGCUGCUCUGAUACUUCACCAAUCUUCAUUUUUUUUAUUUCAGACAACUAUGACUUCUAUCAUUAAAGAAACACAGAGCAUUAAAGAAGCUGUGACUUUCAUCAAUGCUAUUGAUGUGAACAAGUUCUCCAGGCUGAUCUCCCGCAUCAUACAAAAGCUUCAUCUGAAGGGCGAGAGGAUAUUCAGUGAUGAAGAGGAGCAAAAACUUCAAGGUGCCCUUUCAUUGGAUAAACAGGCUCUUCAUCUAGUUUUGGAAACAUCGGCCUUCGUACUUGAGCAGGCAGUGUAUCAUAAUGUAAAGCCAGCAUCUCUGCAGCAGCAGCUGGAGGCUGUUCAUCUAAACCCAGACAAGGCUGAGGUUUUCUCUCAGAUCUGGGCCACCGCUGGGCCUGAGCUGGUGGAGAAGCUAAAGCAAAAUAUCUUUGCCCCGAGGAAGCUGGAGUAUGUCGGCUGGCAGUUGAACCUGCAGAUGGCCCAGUCCAGCCAAGCCAGACUGAAAUCUCCCAGCGCUGUCCUCCAACUGGGGCUUCGCAGUGAGGACUCUGAGUCGAUACACGAACCGGCGAUAAUGGAGGUGUUGAAACUGAGGCUCACAGGAGCAGAUGUAAUGCAGGCCCUGUGGAACCACCAUGACAUCUCAAUACACGGGAACAAUGGGACGCGCUGGUGUUGCUUUUUUUCCAAUCAGGUACAGAGGAUGUGAGAUCUUGCUAAAUGCUCCUGAAACUCUAUGACACACAUUGAGGAGACAAAUAAACACAAGUUUUUCAAGUGCAUCCUUGGGUUAGUUCCUGUCAAUUUUCUCCCACGCACUCAGUGUGGCAUUUAUCCAACAGCAAGUUUUACCUCUACAAUCAGAAGGCUGUCAAUUUUCACACAACUACCUACCUACCUAUACAGCCAACGAUCAACAAUCUCCUUUAGACAUGAUCGAAUGAGAUUUCAUACCAACUAGUUGUUUGAUGCACGAAAUAUGAUGAGUUUAAAAUGAUCUUGAGAUCGAUAUUCUCAAAUGAGUUUCCUUCAGUAUUGCUGCCUGAAAUGCUGGUGUUCUGUUUAAUGCUAUGCUUUUAGAAGACUGACUGACUGCUCUACCUUAUGUUUGAGGAAAGACAAGUACAAGAGUCUUCGCCACAGAUGGGUGGUGCGUAUGACUAAUAUCUCAAACUUCAUCCCAUGCACUGUAGCAGCCAGACACACUUCAACGCUACCGCAUCAGUCCUCUGAUCCUCUGAAUAUGAUUUGAACUUAAGUUUCUAAAUACUGCGUGGCUGUCCUCCAUGUGACCACAGGGUGAUUACAGGUGUGUAUCACAACAAAGGAAAUAUGGGACGGUGUUGAAAGCGCCUUUGUUUCGGAGUAGACAGCUCACUGAGUCAUAUUUAAACCUGCUUAUAUGUCUGUCUGCCUGCUUCCUGAUAAUAUGGGUCAGAGAAAAUCUGUCAAAGCCGAGAGAAGAAGAGACGGGGAGGAAAUAGUAUCCCUGAUUCCACAUGUGGCUGUCAGCGUGCCUGCCCGUCAGUCUCUAAUAUCACACACGCUCUUAUUAGCUCCAGGUCCUACCUAUCCAGCUGUAUUUUGUUUGCAGCUUUUGCAACGGUGAUGGUCCCGCUGUAGCAGGUUUGAUGGGAGCUGAACACUCUGUUCUUUGUUUAGAGCCUGUGCGAUGAAUUAUAGAUAUGGGAAGCUCAGCCGAUAUGUCACUCUCUUAGGCUUGGCAGAACAUACAGGAACACACUGGAGAGGCUGACACAAUGCAGACACGCUUCAGUAGAGAAAAGUAUACGUUGUAUGAUGUAUACAAUGUAAAUGUACACAACGCAUGUAUCUGUAGACACAUACCCAGCAGAUUCACAUCAGGUGGCUCUGUGUUCUGAAAGCAUUUCAGAGUCGCCCACAGCGCUCAAAACACUUACACCCCAGGAAAUCCACCCCAGCUGCGGCUGCCUUUAUCUGUUGUCAGAUACACGCACACGCACACACACAAACACUAACACACACACACGCGGGUCUCAGUACAAGUACAGGCACACAGUACAAUAAUAAUAAUAUUCACACGUCAGUCUAUAGGGAAAAGCAUGUGCUAUCAUGUUUUCUACUGUCUCUUCUAAUCUUAACAAUAAGGAAAGCUCACACACAUUCUCAGCAGUGGGUCCUCACACGUGUUUUCACAAACUGGGAUAUGGCCCCUGCUAUGUUUUGGCCUCCACUGAGAUGCGAACUGAGCUCUGUUCAUUCUGUUGUACGUCUGCCAUACUACUCCAUUGUGCUGCCUUUUGUGUGGGUGUACUGUACAGUGGAUAUUGAUCCUAAAAUAUAAGAUCCACUUUGAUAAGAUCCAGACUGUGAUUUCUGUCAGUAGUCAUGAGUUUGUAUUUGUCAAAGCCAACAAUCAGCUGUAGUCUUUUCAACGAUGUAGUACAAAUUUGUAAUGAAGUGAAAGUACUGUUGUGUGUUGAACGGAAAGUACACUCAAUGUGUCCGUGCUUGUUGCAGAACUCUUUCAACAUAAUUAGCACGAGGUGUGAACGCCUGUAAAGGUCUGAACAUAUUAAACUCUAUAAACCUCUAUAAACCACAUUUGUGUCAAAUGUGGUAUUCAAAGCUUAAAACUUGAGAGAGAGGUGAUACAUGUAUUUGGAGAAGAACCCAGGAGCAUGUUGGGGCAGAACAGACACCUCUUCUUUGGAACAGCUGAAAACACCUCAGACGACACAGCUGCCAGUCUAUAAUUGGAAGCUCAAUCCUGAAGCAUGCUGGGCUUCCAACUCUCUGACAAGUCUGACUCUUAAUCUAAUUUCUCUCCUUAAUUUGGCAUCUGGCUGUUGUGCAUGAUCAAGAAUAUUUAUUGAGGCCUGUUAAAGCAGUGGGAUAACAGAUAAAUCCUUGAAGUUAAUGAUGUUCUUUUUAAUAUCUGUACAACUUGACUAAUGCUAAGUGUUGCUUACUGUGGCAGCAGUAAUAUUCUAAGACCAUUAGUUGACCAUGAUCUGCUGCAGCACUGUGACUGUUUUCUAAAUGAUAUAGGAGGAGCCUGGGGAGAACGGAGGAGUAAGCACUUUUGUUAUCAUCUCCUUGUCAGAUCCUUACAACCACAGCCCUCUAUUACACUGCUAAUAAUAGAGGCAGGCUUUAUCGCUUGGAUCACUAUCGCAGUGGAGAGGGAGAAUGAAAGAGGGGCCGCUGUGCAAUAUUGACAAAACUCAUAUUGUGAUACUUUUUUCAGAAUGUUGUGAGGAAGAAAGCAAACACGCAGGCUGGUAGGAAGAUGCUGGAAGUCCAGAAAUGAGUUGUUAUGAAUGUUUGAUUGGGGCCAUAAAGAGAAAACCUAGCUUGGAAUAAAAGAGCAUAUUCAUGUGCGUUCUCAGUGUGUGUGCUGUCUUUUGUACUGUGUAGCUGAACAUGUGUGGGUGGAAAUAGGUGGACCCAGAUUCUCUGCUGGCUUGAGCUUAUGGACCUACAUCAGGAUAGAAGAAACAAAGUCAGAUUGGAGCACAUACAUAGCGUUGCUGCAGCAAAUAACAAGUCUUGAUCACCUGAGCUGUCUGGAGUAGCCCUGAAAGUAGUGUAGGGCUGAUAAGCCGGGUACUGAUGCAGAAAUACUUGGUAAAAACAAGGCAUGAGAGAUGGCUGCAGAUGCAUCCAUGGGAAGUAGGGAGAGGCGUCCUCAGAUGCUGGCUGACGUUUUGAUGUAAAAGGCGGAACAGUGGCAUGUUUGUUUAGCUAUUUGAUCACUUCUUGAAGUAUGGACUAUUUGUGGAGCUGGAAAAGUCAUUUUGAAGCAACUCGGAGCUCGCCAGCAUUUGUGUUUUUCUUCUAGUGUCUCUGUGUCAAACGCUCGCGUGAUUUACACUUAACGUUUAAACUCCAAGUCCAUUAUGUGUUUGACAUUUAUUUUUGUGUGCAACAAAAGUUUAACAAAAAUUUAUGAGCCUAUUUGUAAUAGCUGGGAUUAUGCAGUGAUGUUUCCCUGGGUUAUUCUACUACUUUGAUCGCCGGCAUCAGCCUUUUCUGCAUUGUUCCGAGAAACAAACUCCCACAGAACUUGUGUCAGUGUUUGUACUUCUGCACUGUCAGAGCAGCUCUGCAGAGUCUGUGCAGAGGCAAAAUAUGAAGACUUUGAAAGCGCUCGCACGCACCACACAUAAAGUCUGCUCGUCUCUUCCUCACGUACACAUGAAUGCAAACACACUGUGUCCAUCAAACACACACAUUCUGAAAUGAACACCCAUGCAGACACACUGAUACAACCCCCUUUGGUCAUAUAUUCUCUUUGCUGUGUCACGGUGUACUUGGCUUGACUCCCUGUGUGUGCGUGUGUGCGCGCGCGUGCAUACAUGAUACAUGAUCACCUAAGAAUAUGUUCAGUACAUAAAAAAAAGGAAUAUGUUCAGUACAGAAUGUGUCGUGUGUUUUCACAUCCUUAUAUUUUAGAGGCUAUUUCAGAAAGUUUUCUCGUCUUUUAUAAAUAAUGAAGAAAUGAAUCCGAGAGUGAAACUAGUCAAACUGACAGCUGCGACUUUGAUGGGUAGGUCUUUUAAGCACUGAAAACCAAUUAGGUGGGUCAGGGGCCUGGGGAGCAUGACAGAACCGAACCCAGUGCCGUGGUUCUGUCAUCAGCAGCUUCAAUCAGCACUCAGGGACAGCUAACACACUCUUUACUUCUUAAACACUCAUGCUCGCACAUGAAAGGCUUUCAUGCAGCUAUUGCAACAGACUAAAAUAGUUUAGUUAUCUGGGUGUCUCUCUAGCUGCUGUGCUUCCAUUCGGCUGUCAAGUCAUUUGUACAAGAUGAAGGCAAAGCAGAUGAAUCAGCCGGACUCAGUCAUGUAGGUAAAUGUCCCAGUGUAUGUAACAUACAAAGUCAUAUAGUUUCAUAGUGUUGUGUUUUGUUUUCUUGUGUUUACCAUCUCCAUCCAACAAAUGGAUUUACUCAGAAUCAUAUUGAAUGAUGAACAUAUAACCGACCUGGUGACAUUGUUGCAUUCAGAUAUUGUUUGAUCUUUAACUGCAGCUUUUCACUUUUUUUGAAAGCUACAUCUGAACUUGUGUCUCUGAUUUCUUUAUUCCUACAUGAUUCCUUCACCUUUUAACAUUUUCCCCAUGAAUAUUUGUUUUCAUAAAAAUAUAUAUGUACGAAGCUUGUUGUAUGUCUGAAUGUAUUUGUUGCUUUCUUUUUAGAAGCGAAGCAAAAUUUGACCUUGACUGUCAGAAGCACUAAUUCUCACAUUUGGUAAAACGCUCUUCACAGUUUCUUGCUCUGAUACUGACAUUCAAAAUCACACACAUCAGUUUAAUGGAAAGUGGCUCUUGUAACUUGCCAGUGUACUGGAGGUUUUGGUGGGUCAACAUCUGACACCUAAUACAUAAAUAUAAAGCCGUCCUCUACUUCUGCUGAGUGGCUAAGACCUUUUCACAUUCUUAUUAAGCUAUUUUUUAUUAUUUGCCACUAUAUUUAAAGAGGCCAGGUUUUAUUGAGGUCCACACAAGAGAGUUAUCUGCCUGAAACCUUUUCUCAACAAGACAUUGAACCUGUAAUGUGGCCUCACAGAGGAGGACAGAAGGCAAAUCUUUAACUUUAGCAUCUGAUAAAUCACUGCAGAGAGGAAAACUGUUGGAGUUUCGAUUCAAAGCUGGCCUGUGUUAACUUCUGCUGUCUUGAGGGCAGAUGCCCAGCAUGUUGCACCGUAGGGGCCCCUCUUCCAGACAAACCUGUUGAACUGGCUGCGAUCUGAGCUGCCCAGAUAGCCGUGGCCUUUUUCCUCCUUUCCUCAAGCUGUGUCAGAUUGACCAUUCAUCCAGCCAAAUGUGCCAACCUCAUCAAGGUGCUCAGCUUUGCCCUUUUCAAUAAUUCAUCCCCAAAUUUGCAAGGAGCAGCCGAGGUUUGUCUAACAGCUUGCUGUACAGGGGAGUGUUUCUUCUAAUUGGCGUGACACGCAGUCAGUGUCGGUCAGCGCUAAAUGUCAUUAGGGUAACGGCCAAAUACCAUGGGCUGUCUGAGGAUAAGUCACUGCCAUUAGAUUGAAAGUGGCAGUAUAAACCGUGGCUGACCUGACAGGGAUGAAUAUGAUUACAAGUGCAACACUUACGUGCACUCAGCUGCACUUUAUAAACAAGAGUCAUUCACUCAUGCCCAUUCAUACAAAUACGGCAAACGCCUGUGAACAUAUUUCUCUCUCUCGCUCCUAUUUUCACCUCAUAUAUUACUUCCACAGUUUUUUUUUUUUUUAAUUUCACACAGAUUCCAGAGAACCGGGCCAUUUUCAGUCCUGCGUGACUUUCUUCACAGCUCUAGCUAAAGUAGCCAUUUAAUAGCCACUACUGUUCCCUCGAGGUAAUUAGAUGAACACAAAAUGCACAGACACACAAUGCACGCUGGACCUGUAGAGCGGUGGAGAGGUGUAAUUACAAAGUCUAAUCCCUGCAUCGUUUUACAUUAUUUAUGAAGUAGUGUUUCUAGUGUCACUCUGACCUUUCCCUAAUGAUCUUUCAGCCACACACACACACACACACACACACACACACACACACACACACACACACACACACACACACACACACACACACACACACACACACAUACAUGUAUAUGCUCUCAUGUCGUACGAGCAAACAGAUGUGUAGCCAGACAACUGAAGCCCCAUAAUUCCCUCUAGUGGUCUGAAUUUCUCUCCACACUUUGAACCAACUUCAAAAACCUUCCAAGUUGCCCCCAGCUGUGAUUUGGUGCCAGUUCAACAGCUUGAAGGUUGCAUUCAUUUCCAGUUUGAAUAAUCUGUUGUUGAAAGCCAAGUGAAUCUGUCACCGGAGCACUAAGGACAACUGACUUAUCGUUUAUUGAAGGACGGUAUCACUUGGUGCUGCGUUGGAGCAUUAGUUUUGUGCCUUUUCAGAUGAAUGGGUGAACCAUUCAGGACAUGUGCCUGUGAAGAUGAGGCAUUCAGUUCGUUAUGGGAGAUAGUAACAGCAGUGUAGGCAGACUGAAUAGAAAUGGCUCUAAUUUGGCUGUUUAGAUGUUUGCCAGUGGUGGAGAUUUUGUGCUGCCGUAUAUCUGUGUUAUUCUCCUACACAAACAGUUUUGUUCGUACCAUUUCCCACUGUUCAGUAGCACAGAGGGAACAAUGCUGCAGAUGACAGCUUGUCAGAUAGGCCGGAACAUGCCAGUGGUGGUGGGUGUAGAGGAAUAAUCCUCAUUGUUCUGAGUCUGGUGCAAGUCUUGAAACCCACUAGUGGAGGCAUCUUCAGUUUUUCAGAUGCUUUAGCCUCAUUGUACACAUAUGUACUUUAUAUUAGUGGUCACUGUUCCUCAGGACAUGCAGAAGGACACUCAGAGGGCCGGACAAGGCGCUGCACACCUUUUCACACAAACAUCCUCACUGUCUGUUGUAAGAAAAUACAUCCUGCAGGUGAUUUCCAUCCCAUCCUGUUGUGCACUUCCUGUCUCCUGGACUCGGUGUGAAACAACCGGGUUUCAGUUUGUCCACAGCUGUGAGAGAAAAGCCACAGAAAACAAAGGUUAACAGAGGUAAAUGUCACACAUUUCAACUUACCAAGGCAAUAUUUUUCUCAUUUUGGGUACACUGGGUAUUUGUUUCGUUUGUUUCACAGACUAAAUGUCAAAGUUUCAGCUGCAUCACACUGCCAGCUUGAACAUGAUCUGUGAGCUCUAAAAUAAGCAUAUAGAGAGGCAUUGAAGAGUCUGUUGAUCAUAAAGACUAGACAUAGAGCUGAGGGAAGAUAAAUGGAGGAAGGGACGCGUGACAGGCCUUUAAAAGCUUCAGUGUGUAUGUUUUCUGCUACUGAGUGAUCUCUUUUGUACUUUCCUCACUGUGUCUUGGAUGUUACCCUUCAAUAAGGAUGUGAAGUUGGUGUGUGGCUGCUGGAGGAUAACAUGUAACAUGCAGUAUCUAACAUUACUUAAGCCUUAAGAGUUUGAGAGAUUCUACUGGUUUCACACACGUACAGUAGAUAAGUGAAAGUAGGUUAAGAUGUUAUUGACUAACUUUCUGAACCAGGAAACGGGGAUGUCAGUAAUAUUUGGAUGGAUCGUCCUGGCUGCUGUCUGGCCUGUCUGGACCGGUUACGCGGUGAACAGAAUGUGGUUCUUCAUCAUACUACAGCACAUGGUCCCUCCUCGGUUCUGCCUUCGAAACUCACACUCCCUCUACAGAGGCCCAAAUGCAGACGAAACUUGCACCUGCAAGGGUUUCAUCCCGACGCUUGUUAUUCCUGCGUGUUUGCAUGUGAUUUCUGGGUCACUCAUUAGAACAAUGCGACCGGCUCAGACAGAUUGCCGAUCACACCUGCAGCGCAGGACAGAACAAUGGACAAAGAACCCAGUCGCCUGCGUGUUGUCAUGGAGGAUUUGUUUCUCCCGUUCUCGGUCUGUCUGUCCUGUCUGUCAUAGAUAUUACGUAAACAUGAUUAGCUGGAAUGCUUUUUGUCAUAUUUUUUCUCGGUUGACAGGAGUCGUUCCACAUUCUACGUAGGUUAACCACUCUACAAUAAUAAACACUGUGGCAGUUUAUGAAUGAGGUUUUUGUCUCAGACUGACAAACGUAACAGUUGGCUGUGAAAUGACAGGAGUGAUGUAGCUGAUUUAUGGCUCUGUAGCGGCUGGUGAUAGAUAGAAAUAUAAUUGGUGUUUGUCCUAGCAGUGAAAAACAAAGGCACGUUUAGCUGGAAAGUUAUUUUUAAGCCAAUAACAGAAAGCCAGCCUCAGUGCUAUCACCAUUUAGCCCUUAAAAUCAGUUUGACAACAAUGCACUUCAUAUGCAUUGCUUUUCACUGGCUGGAAAAGGAAUUAGAUGUGUUCAGCAUCUUAUUUAAAUAAGCUGUCAGCUUCUUGUAAGCUUUACCCACUCUCUAUUUACUGGUCUACUUCCUCCUGACAGUUUUCAUAAAGCAUUUUUUUACAAUUAUGUCCACUAAGCACAAUAUUUCUUUCUGCCAAAUGUGUGUAUGAAAAUGACUCUACUCUAAAGCAGACUUUUGUUUGGAAACGAUAAAGCCGUGUGUGCGUGCGUUUAUUCCCAUGUGUAUGUGUGCGAAUGCGCUAGCUUGAGUAUUCAUGUCAGCCUCAUUGUGACUGCCAUGGGGCUGAUAGCAGAGGAUGGGUUUGACAGUAGCGCCUCGUCAACCUCACCCCCAGACCUGGGAAGCCUCGAUAAGACGCCCCGGCUCUGAAGCCUCUGAAACAGACAUCGGUGUGGAGAGUAGAAUGAAGCCAUAGGUUAGUGAGGGGGAGGAAACAAGCGAGGAGGGCGAGGUGGGGUGGGGGUGCUGAGAAUGGAAAUAAAUAAACAACUGCCUCUUUGGCAGUUGCUCCCAACGAGGCAGUUUUCUCUCUCUGCCAUUAUGUCAAAAAUCCCCACAAUCCUUUUAGUUACAGCAGGGAUGGGAGAAACCCUCAAAGCGAGACAAACACACACACACACACACACAAAACACCACUCCCUUUUAAGGGUUAAUCUUUUUUACCAGUGAUUUAGAACUUAGUUAAUUUUGUCUGAAGGCUUAUUUCCACGUUGCCGUCGGCCGUGUUACUCACUUAGCUUUGUAACAGAGAAACAGCGUAGACCCUCUCAAAUUGCGUGUCUCAAACAUUAGACGGAGUUUUUGGUGUGCGCACCUGUAACACGGGCGAGGGUUUAUUAUUAACACAGGUAGCACUAAGCGUUUUAAGGUUGGCAGGCACCUUCCCGUGCCCCCUCAGGUAAAUGGCGAGGUUCAGCUUGGAACCACGUUUUGAGCAAGGCACUUAAGUCGACUGAAGUCAUCUAUUUUUGAAAGAGACCACAUGCAGCCCCGACUUGAAACAUCAGAAAACCUUUCACAGACCUUUCCAAAGUUUGCCAGGUGAUGAGCUUCCUUUAGCAGGAAGCAUAUGUGACCCGAGAUAGUGAAAGUGUGCCUGAAAAACAACUCAAGCUUUUCAGGAGGCUCGGCUCAGCUGCGCCUCGACUGUCUCCCGCAUCGUGGAUGCUGUCACGACUUGGCUGCAGAAAACACAAAGGGUUAAAGGUCCUUCUGUGGUUGUGUGCCAGUACGUGUACACGUGUUUGCAGGUGUGUGUAAUAUCUGUGCACUCUGUGCGGAUGGAGAAGUCGUGAUUUCAGGUUAGGAAAACAUGGGAUGCUUGAUUGAUGGACGGAGGAGCCAGGGAGGAGGAGCACCAGUAAAUGUGUUGACAAUAACGACAAGAGACACUGAGUAUGUUUUGAUUUGGUCCUGAAAGACUAAAGGAGCGCUAUGGAAUCUGGACGACACCUGAAGCUGCUUUUCCAUCGCUUUUUUCUUGGCCUUCGUUUACUUUUUCACACUUCAAGGAUAAAGUACAAUCACAGCUUUCAUACUCGGGUUUCUUCCUCUGUGAGAUGUUGAAAGAGAUGAAAAGAUUUCAGACCUCUCCAUUGGGAAGUUGUUCAGCCAGGAAUUGAGGAAUGUAUUGUUUUGUAGCAGUUUAAUAAUGUCUGUGAGUUUGUCUUAUUAAAUUAUGUUUACUUUUACAUUGAGGGUUGUUGAAAUGGUCAAUGUCACCUUGUUUAUCAAAACCUUUUAUACUGUUAAAAGAUGUUAUUGAUAUAUUGUCAUUCAAUUAAAUCCAAUAUGUCAUAAUACAGUUGUUAUUAUUUAAUUAAUCAGUUGCCUCAAAUGUUCUUCCCUGGAACUGAUGACUUCAGCUGUUGUGUAAGGCCACACCUCAGUACUGACACACUGUUGUUUUCCAGUGCUACCAUUCAUCUGUUUAGGAGAAUAGGUUAUUGUUAUAUGCAAUAGCACCAAGCCGACUGCCUUCCUGUUGUCUCUGCAAACAUGGCUGGGAUAAAAUGCUUAUUCUAACCUCUAAUAAGCACCAGUUUGCUCAAUAAAUAUUUACACUUUGCAAAUUGCUCUAAACCUGCUAAAUCCAAGUCAGAGGGAUUUUUUGCUUUCACCCUUCCAGCUCCGUGCCGACUCUGGUAGGCAGGAUAUACUGCCGGCUAAUAAGUGAUGAUUUUGUCAUGUGUCUGAACCUCACAGCACAGGUUGAGCUCAUUAUUUUGUAAUACACAGUUCUCACUGCCAGCAGUCAUUCAGCCUCUGUGGUUCAUUUAUUAUUUAACUCUAUCUGUAGCCAUGCUGACACGUCGUGCAGGUGUUUCAGGAAGAGCAGAGCAGUGCAGUAGUAGGCAACAGAGUAAAGGCUUAAUAGUCAGAGGUAUGUUAUACAAUAUGCAUUGAAAUCGUACAGAUUUAAACUAGUGGGUCCUUUGUUCAACUCUCUUCUAGUUUUAGACUUUUCCACUGUGUAAUAUGAAACCUCUAUGCACCGUGGUGAAACAUAAUACUUUUGAAUUUAUAUUUGAAUUUUGAAUUAUUAAGACAAAAGUAAGUACUGGGUGCAAAGUGUGGAUCGAGUGUGUGUUAUUUACAUGUUCAGUAAGACCAUUAGAAGUGCACCAGUGUGAGUUUGUGAGUCACCGCUUAUCUCAGUCUAGUAAAUCUUUAAAGGUACCUUUUUGCUUUUAUCUGAUGUUCGACCUUUACUUUUAGUCGAAGAUAAAAGUAAAAUUUUUGUCAAGGGAUACAUUUUUGAGAGGAAAGCAUGAGAAAUGGCGACUCCAAAUAUUAUCCUGUGUAAAAUGACUCAACUGCGAGUUAAAAAAUGGUCUCAGUAAGCAGUAGUUCGUAGAGA